AUGAAACAAUUGAGGGUUCUUAGCCUUCGAGGAAUUUCAUUGAUUACAGAGCUUCCUCAAUUCAUUUCACAACUGACUGGUCUUAAAACUCUAGAUCUCAAAUCGUGUCACAACCUUGAGGUGGUUCCAGAUUGGAUUGGCUUGCUUGAAAAUUUGACACACUUGGAUAUAUCUGGGUGUUACCUUUUAGAUCACAUGCCCAAGGGGCUUGGUGCACUAUCUAAUCUCGAAGUCCUUAAGGGAUUUAUUAUUAGAGAUUCCAAGGACGAAAAGUCAUGUACUAUCAAUAAUUUGACAAAAUUGUCAAAUCUACGAAAAUUGAGCAUAUCCAUAAGUAUGAAAGAAUUUCCAACAGAUCUGCAGCUUCAUCAUUUACAAAGAUUAUACCUUUUACAGAAGUUGAAAAUAUCUUGGUCAGGAUGCAUUUUACGAGGUAAAACUGAUGAUUCACCUAAGCAAGCACAACUAUUUUCCAAGCAGACAACGCUGACAAGAUCAUUCAUUGAGCCGCGUGAUCCAAAACUUCCUCUCUUAUUGAAACUUCCUUCAUCGUUGCAAAAACUAGAGCUUGAGGGUUUUCCUGAGAUAGAUACACCCGGUUGGUUACGGUCUGACAAUUUGAACAACUUGAAGAAACUUUACAUCAGAGGAGGACUAUUGUGUAAUCUGGACAAAAUAGUAGCUACCACAGUUCAAAUGUUACAAUUGAAGUACGUGAGUAACUUAGAGAUAGCUUGGGAAGACAUUAUGAUGUUAUUUCCCAAUUUGAUUUACUUGGAGAAAGUAGAAUGUCCCGGCCUCAAUUCCUUUCCGUGUGAUCAGAAUGGUGUUUGGAUGAAGAAAGAAUGCCAUUGA